GGGGGGGGGAAGAGAAGCGGAAAAGAAGCGGAAAAGAAGCGGACGCUGACGUAAACGGGGUGGGACCGCGUUCUUACGUCAGCACAUUCUUACGUCAGCGCGUUCUUACGUCAGCGCGGUGGAGGCGAGUGGGCGAGCAGGCGGGGUGCGGGCCCCGUCGGGGUGAAAAAAAAGAGAGCUGAACAGGGUAGAGGAACAGCAUCAGAACAGGUGGGCAGGAGCAGGGCCGGAGCAGAGCAGAGCAGAACAGAGAAGAGCAGGGCAGCGAGAACCAAGAUGGCUAAGGCAAAGGCUAGAACGACGAUUGUGCAGCUCGUGUCGACGGCAAAGACCGGGUACAGAAGAACGCUGCUGGUUCCAAGAACAGCCCGGGAGAUCACGCAGGUGAGAUACGACCCGGUGGUGCAGAGACACGUGCUGUUUGUGGAGAGCAAGAAGCGCAAGGGCGAGCAGCCAAAGGCGCUGGACUUCUCGAGAGGCGCGUUCCUGUGGAAGAAGAAGUGAUGUGUAGGUAGAUAGAGGUAGAUAGCGUGCUGUAUAUAGGUCAAGACAUGAAUACAUGACAUGAGUAGAAAUGGGUGGCCCGGUGGCG